CGGGGUUAUAAGCCCUGCCCUCCCUGAAGGGAACCCCACUUCGGAGCCUGGAGCACAGGGCGAGCCCUCCUCCGCUCUGCAGCCUCAGGUAAGGACCCGGACCUUCACUGCUGCCCCGACUGGAGCUCCUCAGCUCGAGGCCUGUAGGGGCUUGGGCUGCUGGUCUGGGUGGAGGCGCAAUGGGGGUGUCGAGGAGCUUGGGUGGGAGCCCCAUGCAGGAAGUUCAGGGCAAAGCGCCUUGAAACCUUCUCUAGUGGAAGGUAAGAUGGCUCCUGGACCCCAGUGGGGGAAAGAAGUGUCCAAGGAGGAGGGCUGGAGUAGGGUGGGGAUGGCAGAGCGUAGGCAGAGACUGAGAAGUGAGACCAUGUCUCAAGGGGCACCAAGCUCUUCCUCCUCCCAAUGUGGCCACCAUUUAUGUUGGGAUAGCCUUGGGCUCCUGUGAGGGGAACAGUAGGGCAGUGAGGGGUUCAGGACUUUGGGUUGGUGGGGAGCCGAGAAUCAAGGCCGUGGGGAGUCAGGACUUUGGGGCUGGUGGAGAGGCUGAGGACUGAGGCCCUGGGAGGUCAGGACCUUAGGGCUGGUGGAGAGGCCGGGACUCAGGCCCUGGGGGGGUCAGGACCUUGGACUGGUGGGGAGGCUGGGAAUUGAGGCCCUGGUGUGUUCAAGACCUUGGGCUGGUGGGGAGGCCAGGGCCUGAGGCCCUGGGGGGUCAGGACCCUGGACUGUUGGGGAGGCUGGGGACUUAGGCCCUGGGGGGUCAGGACCUUGGGCUGGUGGGGAGGGCAGAGUGUGGGGGCUGAGGCUCUGGGCAGUCAGGACCUCGGGAUUGGGGUAGGCUGGAGGCCAAGACCUUCGCGGGGGAGCUGUGUUUGCCACGUUUGGACGCCGGAGGGUGGGUGGCAUGGCUGGGAGCGGCCAGCCAAGGGGUCACAGAACUGGAGGUGAGUCCUCCAGAGGCCCUGGUCUCUACCUGAGUGUCCCUAAAACUGGGGGGAUGGGGUGGAGCCUUUAGGGGGAAGGGAAGAGGGAACCGAAGAGGAAGUGGGGGAGGGAGGUAGAGGAGGCAAGUCUGGCGCCAUGCUGAGUCACCGCCCACAAGGCCCAGUAGGGGCCCUGGCAGGGUUGGGGUGAUCUUAGGAAGCCACGAGGAGGGCUGGGGGGCUCUUGGAGCAGAAGUGAGGAGGCCCGGGCGGCCUGAAGAGUACACGCCGACGGACAGACAGACAGUGCAGUCACCCAUAAAGUAGAAAGCACUACUAACAGCACUGGAGGGUGUAGUGUUUCCUACUUUAUGGAUGAGUGUACUGUGGGCUUCGGAGAUCACGCCACCGCUGCCGCCCGCCGCCCGCCACCAUCUUCCUCGGCGCUCGGGGACCUCUUGUGACAGGUGAGCACCUCACAGCCCCUCCCUACUCUGCCCAGAUGCCUGAAAUACCUCCGUGGCUCUCCCGCCCUUCCUGGUUCCGGACAGCUGGGGAAAGGCCACAGUCGCUCCUCUGCUGCCCUGCAGUCUUUGGGGGCGGGGAGGGCUGGACGUGUGGAACCCUGAUGCAGCCGCAGCCGCAAGGACGAGGAAGGGGUGGGAAGGGAGGGUACAUGGAGGGGAAUGGGUGGUGGUGCCAGGGACCCAAUGCUAAUAAAGACUGGACUGUGCUUCUCUUUUGUCUGAGACUCUGUGGCUGGGGUGGGGAGCUGAAUGCGGGCGGCAGGCACGCAGACAGUAUGGGCACGCGGAAGGGCUGAGAGGGAGAACCUGUGUCACUCCUCUGAGAGAUAUGGGUUUGGCCCUGCCUAUGAGAUUAGAAGAAGGCUCUGGGCCUGGCCAGGCCACAGCUGGAGGAGAGAAGGGCCUGGGCCAUCUGCAGAAAGGGGCAGGGAUGUAAGGCAUCCUCUCACCUUCUACCCUAGCUCUGGCCCUAUCCUGCCCCCCACUCACUCUCUACAUGCCCAAACUGAAAGCUGCCUAUAUCCAGUUGUAAUCUAAGAAAGUCUAGGGGGCCUUAGGUCCUAUAAAAAUUGGGCAAAAUCCACUGUGGCACAUACACAGCACCUUAGACAAGGGCGCAGACACUCAUAUACAAAGCACGCACUGAGAUGCAAAUGCAUUUACACAUAGAGGCCCCAUGCAGUGUGCCACUAACACACACAGACACAUGUGACAUGACUGGUAUGACACACAGGGAUUACACACACCCAGGGCACAUACAUAUUCAGUAGUACACACAUGCGAUAAUAGAUCUAGGACGUGUCUUACACAUAGAAGAGCACACACAUACAGUGACAUUCACAUAAUAAACACAGUGGCUCCAUACACAUACCUAGAGACACAUUCAUAGACCAUGAUAAAUACAGAAUACAUAAAUAGAUACAUGGUGAUAUACAUAUAUAUAAAUCAAACCAAGUCAUUAUGCAUAUUUACAUGACUAUAUCAGCAUAUCAUAUAUUGUGUAACCAAUUACUAUAUUGUGCCAUAUAGUAGCAUCCAUAUCUAUAUAUAUCAUGAUGUGUUGCAAUUUAUAAACUCACGCAAUGAUAGCCUCCCAUGCACAUCACACAGACACAGUGGCAAACAGACAUAGAUGCAGUGACACAGAAACAUACAUACAAAUACACCCAAUGUGUUUUUCUUGUUUUAUUAGGUGACCCAUAGACGCAUAAUAGCACACGCAUAUAUAUACACAAUGGCCCCUUCACAUAUACAGAAACAGAGAUAUGUCUAUUCUCUAUAUGCAUACUAUGCACAUGCAAACGCAUAACGGCAUGCAUAUAUACUCUGACCUAAACAUCAGCAACACAUCAUGCAGUGGCGUACGUGUUGACCUACACACUGCUUUAGGGAAGUGAAUAUGUCCACUCCUCCCCAUGCACCCGCUACCUCCAGUUCCGUUGGCUCUUGCCUGGGUGGAGCCCACAGUCAGUCAGGGACUCUAGGGUUCAGUGUCACUGCUGCUAUUCUGUGGGGGUGCCACACGAGGGCCCCCGACCUUGGCUGAAACUGGCUUGUCUAAUGAGUCCCGGGUUCAGCGGGGAGAGGCGCUGCCUCUCGGAGCUUCUCCCAACACCCCUGUCUCUGGGGACUCUGUCUAGACCCCUGCCCCUGUAUAUAGGCUGACGCCUGGCUGGGGGGAUUCUCACGUCCUUGUCCCCCAAAUUAUUUUUUCAUAGCAACAAGGUCUAAGUCUACACAGAAGGUGAACUUCCAGGCAAUUCAGGGCAAAGCCAACCCAACAGGCCACGUGGGCUUCCCUGGUGGCCUGGGAUAGUCAGGUUGCCCACCAAGUGCAAUCUGCCAGGAGGAAGCGGAAGCAAUUCUCUCCGUCUAUUUCUACCUGUCUCUUUGCUUGUCUUCCUGGUUUCUUUCUCUUGGUUUCUCUCUCUCUCUUUGUUUCAUCUCAAGUCCCAUCUUUUCUAGUUCUGCCCUUCUCUGUGGCUGGAUCUCUAUCAUACCCUCCCCCGUUCCGUCUCUAUCAGUCUCACCCGAUGUGGGGAGGACCAUCUGCACCCCGCUCGCCUCUGUACUCCGGAAGGUGUGAAAAUGUGUGAAGAUGAGGGUGGGAGGCCACAUGUGGGAGCCCUGGGCUGACAUCCCGUGAGAAACCUGCUCUUCCUUCUGUCCCCCGACCCUGUCAGCCGGUUCAGCCCACCAGUCCAGCGCCAUCACCAUGGAAACCAACAGCCGACUUCCUAUUGGUGGGUGGGAGGGGAGAAGGAGGAGGAGGGGAAGGCUGGUUCUCCCCGGCUCGCUCCCCCCAAUUCUGAGGCUCAGCCCUCCUCGGAGCCCACCAUCUCGAGGCUCCCGGACUGUAAGGGACCCCUGCAGUCCCCAGAGCUGAGGCCAGCAGGGGCUGAGACUAUGAGGCAAGCAGCCCAUCGACCCAGACCUCCUUAGGACCAGCCCAGUCACCCAGCAAGCGAGAGAGCAGCAGCGGAGAACAGAGCCGGAGAUAAAGGACCACAGCGGACCACUGGGGAUCACCCCCAGCAGCUCCUGAAGCCCCUGGCUGGGCUGAGGGGUUGCGACGGAUGGCCAGACCCACAGACACUGACAGACACACGACGACAACGAUGCACAUAGCUGCACGACACUGACACACUCAGAUACAACCAGUGACAGCAUCACAUACUGCCACAGCCCUGCAAUACAGACACCCACACACACAGAAACAACUGGCAACUCUGAAAUGGGCAGACAGUGACACACAGCGCCACCCCCCUCAACACACAGAAGUGGGGGCACCCAUCUUCCCAACACACGAGACAACAUUGACCUGCACGGACAGACCUGGAGACACACACACGCACCCUCACUCAGGCGCAGCUGUCGGUGGCCUCUGCACAUCCUCCCCACCCCCACGGGGACACCCUCGCUCCUCCACACACUCGCACACACACACAGAGCCACCAGCAAACAUAGCUCACAUACCCCUGGCUCCAGCUCCGGCAGCCCUGGCGCCUUCUGCAGCCUCCUUUGUAGGUGGGGAAGAGCUCAGCCAACCUUGGAUGGAGUGUCGGUGAAGCAAGAGCUCAGAGGGGAGCAGGGCUGGCCUGGCAUGACCCUCGCCAGUCCCCCCACCUGGCUGGGUGAUGUCCCCCGGCCUGGGUUCUGGGGACCCUUGGCAGUACCAUGGAGCAACUGACAACCCUCCCACGGCCUGGGGACCCUGGAGCCAUGGAGCCAUGGGCACUGCCCACCUGGCAGAGCUGGACUCCAGGUCGAGGAGGUGAACCUGGUGAUGCAGCCCCAAGUGUCGCUGAUACUCCUCCAGCAGCUCUGCAGCUUCGAGAACUGAGGGCUGAGGAGAGUUCCGAGCCCAAAGGAGCCGGGAGCUCUGGGCCCAUCCGGGGCACUGACCCUGAAGAAGCAGAGGCUUGUCUGCCCAGCCUGGGCCAGCAAGCAUCGAGCUCUGGACCCGCCUGCCAGAGGCCAGAGGAUGAGGAAGUAGAGGCUUUCCCGAAGGCCAAGCUGAAUAUGGGCUUUGGGGACAGGCCCAAUCUGGAGCUGCUGAGGGCCCUGGGGGAGCUGCGGCAGCGCUGUGCCAUCCUUAAGGAGGAAAACCAGAUGCUGAGGAAGAGCAGCUUCCCUGAGACGGAAGAGAAGGUGCGGAGGCUGAAGAGGAAGAACGCCGAGCUGGCGGUCAUUGCCAAGCGCCUGGAGGAGAGGGCCCGAAAGCUGCAGGAAACGAACCUGAGGGUGGUGAGUGCCCCCUUGCCCCGGCCGGGGGCCAGCUUGGAGUUGUGUCGGAAGGCCCUAGCCCGCCAGCGAGCCCGGGACCUCAGUGAGACAGCCAGUGCACUGCUGGCCAAGGACAAGCAGAUUGCUGCCUUGCAGCGGGAGUGCAGGGAGCUGCAGGCCAGGCUCACCCUGGUGGGCAAGGAGGGUCCCCAGUGGCUCCACGUGCGGGACUUCGAUCGGUUGCUGCGCGAGUCCCAGCGGGAGGUGCUGCGGCUGCAGAGGCAGAUCGCGCUGCGCAAUCAGCGGGAGACGCCCCCGCGCCCGCCGUCCCGGCCCCCGGGCCCUGCUCUCCCGGCCAGAGCAGAGGCGCCGGCUCCCGGGGCCCCGGGAGAGGCCACACCCCAGGAGGAUGCGGACAACCAGCCCGUGAUUCUAGGGGAGCCAGAGAAAGAGCAGAGGGUGCAGCAGCUGGAAUCGGAGCUCAGCAAGAAGCGGAAGAAAUGCGAGAGCCUGGAGCAGGAAGGCCGGAAAAAACAGAGGCGAUGUGAGGAGCUGGAACUGCAGCUGAGAGAAGCGCAGAAUGAGAAUGCCCGCCUGGUGGAGGAGAACUCCCGGCUCAGUGGGAGAGUCACAGAGAAGGAGCAGGUGGAGUGGGAGAAUGCAGAGCUGAGGGGCCAGCUCCUGGGGGUGACACAGGAGAGGGACUCGGCCCUUCGCAAGAGCCAGGGCCUGCAAAGCAAGCUGGAGAGCCUGGAGCAAGUGCUGAAGCACAUGCGGGAGGUGGCCCAGCGGCGACAGCAGCUGGAGGUGGAGCAUGAACAGGCUCGGCUCAGCCUUCUGGAGAAGCAGGAGGAGGUCCGGAGGCUGCAGCAGGCCCAGGCGGAAGCCAAGAAGGAACAUGAAGGAGCCGUGCAGCUGCUGGAGUCUACCUUGGAUUCCAUGCAGGCCCGGGUUCGAGAGCUCGAGGAACAGUGCCGCAGCCAAACCGAGCAGUUCAGCCUCCUGGCACAGGAACUCCAGGCCUUCCGCCUGCACCCGGGCCCCUUGGAUCUGCUCACAUCUGCCCUGGACUGCGGGACCCUUGGAGACCGCCCACCACCCCCCUGCUGCUGCUCCACUCCCCAGCCUUGCCGGGGGUCUGGCCCCAAAGACCUUGACCUCCCGCCGGGCUCCCCUGGGCGCUGCACCCCAAAGUCUUCCGAGCCUCCCCCUGCCACCCUCACCGGGGUCCCUCGAAGGACAGCCAAGAAGGCAGAGUCUCUCUCCAACUCCUCCCACUCCGAGUCCAUCCACAACAGCCCCAAGUCAUGCCCUACACCUGAGGUGGACACAGCCAGUGAGGUAGAGGAGCUGGAGGCAGACAGUGUCUCCCUGCUCCCAGCCACGCCAGAGGGCGGCCGGGGAGGAGCCAGGAUCCAGGUCUUCCUAGCGCGUUAUAGCUACAACCCCUUUGAGGGCCCCAAUGAGAAUCCAGAAGCAGAGCUUCCGCUGACAGCUGGCGAGUACAUCUACGUCUAUGGCAACAUGGAUGAGGAUGGCUUUUUUGAAGGAGAGCUCAUGGAUGGCCGAAGGGGCCUGGUCCCUUCCAAUUUUGUAGAGCGUGUGUCGGAUGACGACCUCCUGACCUCCCUCCCUCCGGAGCUGGCCGAUUUGUCCCACAGCUCAGGCCCCGAACUCAGUUUCCUGAGUGUGGGUGGGGGUGGCAGCAGUAGCGGGGGCCAAAGCAGCGGGGGACGGAGCCAGCCCAGACCUGAGGAGGAGGAUGCAGGGGACCAGCUCAGUGUGAGCCCAUCACCGGAGGGCCUGGGCGAGCCUCCUGCUGUGCCUUACCCCCGCUGUCUGGUGGUCCUCAAGCAGCUGGCCCACAGUGUGGUGCUGGCCUGGGAACCCCCUCCUGAGCAAGUGGAGCUACACGGCUUCCAUAUCUGUGUGAAUGGGGAGCUGCGGCAGGCCCUGGGGCCUGGGGCGCCACCCAAGGCGGUGCUGGAGAACCUGGACCUGCGGGCCGGGCCCCUUCACAUUUCUGUCCAGGCCCUGACCAGCCGGGGCAGCUCUGACCCACUGCGCUGUUGCUUGGCAGUGGGUGCCCGGGCUGGAGUGGUGCCCAGCCAGCUGCGGGUCCAUCGGUUGACAGCCACAUCUGCUGAGAUCACCUGGGUGCCCGGCAAUAGCAACUUGGCCCAUGCCAUCUACCUCAAUGGGGAAGAGUGCCCACCUGCCAGCCCCAGUACCUACUGGGCCACCUUCUGCCACUUACGGCCUGGCACACCCUAUCAGGCCCAAGUGGAGGCUCAGCUCCCACCCCAAGGGCCCUGGGAACCAGGCUGGGAGAGGCUGGAGCAGCGGGCUGCCACCCUGCAGUUCACCACACUCCCAGCAGGCCCGCCUGAUGCCCCUCUGGAUGUGCAGAUCGAGCCUGGGCCCUCCCCUGGAAUCUUGAUCAUCAGUUGGCUCCCAGUCACCAUCGAUGCUGCUGGCACAUCCAACGGUGUCCGGGUCACAGGCUAUGCCAUCUAUGCUGAUGGGCAGAAGAUCAUGGAGGUGGCCUCGCCCACGGCAGGCAGUGUGCUGGUGGAGUUGUCCCAGCUGCAGCUGCUGCAGGUGUGUCGUGAGGUGGUCGUGCGUACCAUGUCGCCCCACGGGGAGUCGGCGGACUCCAUCCCGGCUCCUAUCACUCCCGCCCUGGCUCCAGCCAGCCUGCCAGCCCGAGUCUCCUGCCCCUCACCGCGACCAAGCCCAGAGGCCAGAGCACCCCUUGCUUCAGCCUCCCCAGGGCCUGGAGACCCCAGCUCUCCUCUCCAGCACCCUGCUCCCCUUGGACCUCAAGAGCCCCCAGGAGCACCCCCUACAAGCCCUUCCAGAGAGAUGCCAAAAGGGUCCCACGAGGAUCCUCCAGCACCUUGCUCCCAGGUACCCUGUUCGGGGAGAGGGGAGCAGGUGCAUGCUGGGAGAGGGACCUGGGCUUGGGUCCUUCCUCAGUGCUCUCUGUUCCAGGAGGAGGCUGGGGCAGCAGUGCUGGGCACCUCAGAGGAGAGGACAGCCAGCACAUCCACCCUGGGUGAGAAGGACCCUGGCCCCGCAGCUCCCUCACUGGCCAAGCAGGAGGCCGAGUGGACUGCAGGAGAGGCCUGCCCAGCCCCCAGCUCCGCCCAGGGAGCACUGGCCCAGCAGGCGCCAAAUACCGAGGCGUGCCAAGGAGGAGACCCAGGGUCUGGGCUGAGGCCCAGGGCUGAGAAGGAGGACGCGGCAGAGCUCGGGGUUCAUCUGGUGAACUCCCUCGUGGACCACGGCCGCAACUCAGACUUGUCAGACAUCCAGGAAGAAGAGGAAGAGGAGGAGGAGGAAGAGGAGCUGGGUUCCAGGACUUGCUCCUUCCAGAAGCAGGUUGCUGGCAACAGCAUCAGGGAGAAUGGGGCCAAGUCCCAGCCCGAUCCCUUUUGUGAGACUGAUAGCGAUGAGGAGAUCUUGGAGCAGAUCCUGGAGCUGCCCCUCCAGCAGUUCUGCAGCAAGAAGCUCUUUAGCAUCCCCGAGGAGGAGGAGGAGGAAGAGGAGGACGAGGAGGAGGAGAAGCCAGGGGCAGGCUGUUCUUCCCAAGACCCUGGCCCACCUGAACCUGCAUUGCUGGGGCUGGGCUGUGACAGUGGUCAGCUCCGAAGACCUGGCCAGUGUCCCUUGUCUCCUGAGCCCUCCAGGGCUGGAGACUGCCUGGAGGACAUGCCUGGAUUAGUUGGUGGAAGCAGUCGGAGGAGAGGAGGGGGCUCCCCUGAGAAGCCCCCAAGCCGCAGGCGGCCUCCCGAUCCCCGUGAACACUGCAGCCGACUUCUCAGCAACAAUGGGCCCCAGGCCUCUGGACGACCCGGCCCCACGCGGGAGAGGGGUGGCCUCCCCGUCAUUGAGGGCCCCAGGACUGGACUAGAGGCUAGCGGGAGAGGGCGGCUGGGCCCUUCCCGGAGGUGCUCCCGUGGCCGGGCGCUGGAGCCUGGCCUGGCCAGCUGCCUUUCCCCCAAGUGCUUGGAAAUCAGCAUUGAAUAUGACUCGGAGGACGAGCAGGAGGCGGGCAGCGGGGGCAUCAGCAUCACCAGCUCCUGCUACCCUGGAGAUGGGGAGGCCUGGGGCACGGCAACCGUAGGAAGGCCCAGGGGGCCUCCGAAGGCCAAUUCAGGCCCCAAACCCUACCCACACCUCCCAGCCUGGGAGAAAGGGGAGCCAGAGCGGAGAGGCCGCAGUGCGACGGGCAAAGCCAAGGAGCCACUCUCCCGGGCAACAGAGACCAGAGAAGCCAGAGGGCAGGACAACUCUGGGCGGAGAGGCCCCCAGAAGAGAGGUGCCCGAGUCCCCAGGCCAAGCACUGCAGAGCUAGUCCCUGUGAGGAGCCCGUCAGAAGCAUUGGCUUACCAGCACCUACCCGUCAGGAUCUUUGUAGCUCUGUUUGACUACGACCCCGUGUCAAUGUCGCCCAAUCCUGAUGCUGGAGAAGAAGAGCUUCCCUUCCGAGAGGGUCAGAUCCUGAAGGUGUUUGGGGACAAGGAUGCCGACGGCUUCUACCAGGGCGAAGGGGGGGGGCGGACAGGCUACAUUCCCUGCAACAUGGUGGCUGAGGUGGCUGUGGACAGCCCUGCCGGGAGACAGCAGCUGCUCCAGCGGGGUUAUUUGUCCCCAGAUAUUCCCCUCGAGGGCUCAGGGAAUGGUCCCUUUGUGUACUCCACAGCCCGCACAACUGGGCCUCCUCCCAAGCCCCGCCGCUCCAAGAAAGCUGAGUCGGAAGGCCCUGCCCGGCCCUGUCCAGGCCCCCCUAAGCUGGUCCCCUCUGCUGAGCUGAAAGCUCCCCGCUCCAUGGUGGCUGCAUUUGACUACAACCCCCAGGAGAGUUCCCCCAAUAUGGACGUGGAGGCAGAGCUGCCCUUCCGGGCAGGGGAUGUCAUUACUGUGUUUGGGGGCAUGGACGAUGACGGUUUCUACUAUGGGGAAUUAAAUGGACAAAGGGGCCUGGUUCCAUCCAACUUCCUGGAGGGCCCGGGGCCUGAGGCAGGAGGCCUGGACAGGGAACCCAGGACACCCCAGGCUGAGAGUCAGGACUGGGGCUGCACCACACAAGGGCCCCCCGGGCCCCCAGGUGGGCCCUGUGCUCCCAGCCCUGACAGCGCCCCCAGGAUUGAACGUGGGGAGCCCCAGGGCAGAAGCGAGAAGGUGUGGGGUUUCUUCUCCAAGGGGAAACAGCUCCUCAGGAGGCUGGGCUCUGGGAAGAAGGAGUGAAGCUGUGGCCCAUCCUGCAGGCAGAAGAGGCCCUGAGAGGCCCCCAGACCACUGUCUCUGCUGAGCUGGGAAGGCUCAGACUGGGCCCAGAGCCCCCGUUCUGCAUUAACACUGUGGCACUCAGAGAGGAUCAAAGACCCUUGAUGAAGGUCAGAGCUAGAUGGCUCCUUAAGGAUGAACUCUCUAGAGAAGCAUCUUCCUCCUACAGUAGGGGAAACUGAGCCCACAGUGAGUAUGUAACUCGACCAAGGUCACUGAGCCAGGACUGGACCCAGGACCCUCGCAUCCUGGUCCACCCACCUCGUCUACUAGUGUCCCACAGUGCUGCGCUAGACCCUUCUGCCACCCUCCCCAGUCCCAGGACAGGCCCUAGGGGGAGAAAGGAGCCUGUGUCCCCUGAUGGCUUUGGCUGUCCUGAUCGUGUCUUCCCUCCCCUGAAGGAAAGUUUGCACUGGAUUUUCUUGGAGCCCCACUUCCCCAGCGGGCGGGCGGGCGGAGCCGUGUAUAUAUGUACAUACUCAGUGCCUCAGUUCAGCUUCCUCCACCUCGCUUCCACUGCAAGGCCCGGGAAGGAGAAAGGCCAAGCCAAAGCAGGCCCCACCCCGCCCCCGUCGUGCUCCACCCCUCCCUUCCGGGGCCUCCUAGCCCCUGUAUGGUCCCGCCCCCAAAGACCCUGGGGCCAGCGGGGCCGAAAGCGGAGUUGGGUUUGCCUUAUUUUGCUCAUUGGAUUCAAGUUCUUUUGCAUAGUUUUCUUCUAACCCCUGUUGGAGUCCAGGGGCUGGAGAAAAGGACAGAUUUAUGCAGCUAUUUUCAUACAUUCCCCGUUUAGAGUGGGGUAGGGGGGUUCUCCAGCCUUACCCUAUCCACUCCAUCGCCCACCCUCUGCCGGGUGAGUGUCUCUUUGCAUGUUUCCUUUGCUGUGGUGGGAGAUUGUUUGACUGAACCCCCAUCCCCAUCUUGGUCUCCAGGGGUGUGGAAUGGUGGGGGAAUUUGUUUAAAAAGACAUUUUAUUAUAAUAAAGUCUAUUUUCACAAAAUCUA